AUGAAACAGCAUGAUCAUAUCAAGGACUCCAUGAAUAAACACUACGAACAAAUGCAACCAGGACAAUCCUGGAGCUUAGAUAUUCGUGGUCCUUUAGGAAAGAACCUUGCAAAAGUUGAUAACUACUUAUUAUUGAUGGUAGAUAAUGUUUCAAGAUUUUUACUAGUAUCCACACAUACGAAUAAAAAUAAAGAAACCAUUUCUCUGCAAAUCAAAAAUAAUAUACAGUACAUCGAAAAGCAAUAUGAUCGAAUUGUAAAAGAGCUUAUUGUUGAUAGAGGAUCUGAAUUUACUAAUGAUUCUCUAAAAACAUAUGUAUCGGAGAAAGGUAUUAAAUUAAUGCUUACCGAUACAAACGACCAUGCUUCCAACGCUCGUGCAGAAAGAUUCAUUGGUAUUAUGAACAAUGAUAUUAGAACAUUAAUGCAUAACAGUGAUCUUCCUUGGGCACUCUGGAAAUAUGCAGCUCUUGCAGCUGCUAGAAUCAGGAAUUUGUUCAUGACUAAGAAGUUAAAUUGUAGUCCAAUGACCACAUUAUCAGGAAAGAAUGAACAAAUUCGAUUUAAUUCCUUCUUACCGUUCGGUGCGCAUGCGUUCGUAAAAAAUCAAACAAACAACAAGUUAACCAAUCAAGGUAUACCAGCCAUAACCUUGUGUAAGGAUCCAAAUUCCUUUGGUUACUUGUUCUAUCUACCACAAACUCGAAAAGUCAUUAGUACUAUGAGUUAUAUAUUGGCUAAUUCUGAAGUAAACGGUGAUUUCAUAGAUCCAAAUAAGGUCUUAAGUGAAAUCGUUCCUGAUAACGAUGACACAAAUGAAGUCACAUCAGAAGAUGCUCUUGAAAUUGAGGCUGAACCCAGUAAUGCUGAUGACAUUACUAUUAUCAAGGGAUUGAAAAUGACACUCAGUAUAAAAUUCCGCCCAAUAUUCAAGAAGACACUGUCUAUGGUCUGGAUACUAUAA